GCGCCGAGGGGACCCCGAGGGCCCCGGGAGGUUGUUCGGUUUCUGGUCUGGGGGGAGCCGGAAGAGUUUCGGGGGCGGGGGUUCCCGGCGACCCCUGCUGGCAGGUGGGGCCUAGUCGAGCCUGGCCGCCGCAGGACCCAAGUGCGGGAGCUUCAAGCUCCCCUGUGGGGACGGGACUUGGGGCUGUGGCCGGAGCUGCUCCCCGACGCGUCCGGAUGGUUGAGGUCCCGACGCUGCUCACGUCCAGCGGGGAAAACGUGUGCCCUCCGCCCUUAUCUUUUCCCUGCUUCUGGGUUUGACGGCUUCCCCCCAGGCGUGCGGGGGUGCCGGGCUUUCCUCAGUGACGCCCGCGACCUCUCUAGGGAACGUCUCAGAAAGGCCGCCCGAGGCACAGUGGAGGGAGAAAACGGGUUCCCUCCCUCCCUUGCCCCGCUCUCCUCCUCCCCAUGGUGUCUUCCUGAAACGGGAAGGGUGUGUUUCGAGCGCAGGCUGCUCAAGUGGAAGUUACCUGGACUGCUUUAGGCCAAGUUUAUGUCAAGUAAAUGAAACUACUUGAUGAUGGUUUCCUAUUCCUCAGCCGACUCCACCUCCAAGUGGUUUGAACUUUGAGCUUCUUGUAGCCCUGAUGAACAAUUUGGCUUUCGUCAAGUUUGUGGCACUUGGAACUUCAACAGUUGGAGAGAUCAAAAUGGCUUCCAGAGGAAAGACAGAGACGAGCAAAUUAAAGCAGAAUUUAGAAGAACAGUUGGAUAGACUAAUGCAGCAAUUACAAGAUCUGGAGGAAUGCAGAGAGGAACUUGAUACAGAUGAAUAUGAAGAAACCAAAAAGGAAACUCUGGAGCAACUAAGUGAAUUUAAUGAUUCACUGAAGAAAAUCAUGUCUGGAAAUAUGACUUUGGUAGAUGAGCUCAGUGGAAUGCAACUGGCUAUCCAGGCAGCUAUCAGCCAGGCCUUUAAAACCCCAGAGGUCAUCAGAUUAUUUGCAAAGAAACAACCAGGUCAACUUCGGACAAGGUUAGCGGAGAUGGACAGAGAUCUCAUGGUAGGAAAGCUGGAAAGAGGCCUGUACACUCAACAGAAAGUGGAGAUACUAACAGCUCUCAGGAAACUUGGAGAGAAGCUGACCGCAGAUGAUGAGGCCUUCUUGUCAGCAAAUGCAGGUGCUAUACUCAGCCAGUUUGAGAAAGUGUCUACAGACCUCGGCUCUGGAGACAAAGUUCUUGCAUUGGCAAGUUUUGAGGUCGAAAAAACAAAAAAAUGACAUGGUGUGGAAGCUUGGGACAUUGAUCACAUUCUUGCUGUAAAUGGCAUUUGUCUCAUAGGGAUUUUGAAUCAUUGCAAAGAAAUCAAGAGAUUCUUGAAAUACAUUGAUAACCUGAGAAACGGUGACGGAAAACAUACUUGUGGCUUCUGGUUAUAUACCCUUCCUCGUUGUGCUUCAGGGCUACUUGCCUGAGUGAUCCUAGAUGGUUGGGAUGAGGAACCCAUUGGGCCUUAUUCAUCAUAUCUUGUGUGUUUGACAGAAGGAACAGAAAACAGUCUCUCUGCCUGUUUUUAUUAAGCCUCCUUGUUUUAAGUGCUGAUAGUAAAUGAAAAGAUGUGAACUAA